GAUGCUGUGCAAGCUAGUGAUGGCUGCAGGCUGAAAUCGGGCAUUUCACAGAGAGCAAGCGCUGUGCUGUCCCCGCAGCCUGCGCAUGAAUGGAGGCUUUGGCCCUCGGAGUGCAGCCGUGCAUGGGGCCACGUGCAGGCAUUUCUGGCUCCUGGCUCCCGGGGAGAGAGGCGAGUCCUGUUCUCUCCCUGAGUUCUGUUUGACAAAAUUCACAAAAACACAAAGAAACACAAAGUGGGGGAGAGGAUCAGUUCAUUCUCCUGGCUCCUGGUUGGUCUCGAGACCUCUCCUGUUGCCUGUGCUCUGGAGGAUUCCCCACAGCACCUACUAGGUGGGCCAGAGCAGGAUGGAUUUGCGGGACCCUGGAAGGCUGGGAAAAGGACUGAGAAGCCGCAGCCCUGUGCCAGGAAGAGCCACAGAGAUGAGAUGGACCAAGCGCCCCCGGCGCGUCCUGAAUAUCUGGUCUCAGGGAUUCGAACUCCCCCUGUGAGGAGGAACAGCAAGCUGGCCACCCUGGGCAGGAUCUUCAAACCCUGGAAAUGGAGGAAAAAGAAAAACGAAAAACUGAAGCAGACGACGUCAGCGCUGGAGAAGAAGAUGGCCGGCAGGCAAGGCCGAGAGGAGCUCAUCAAGAAGGGGCUGCUGGAGAUGAUGGAGCAGGAUGCUGAAAGCAAAACGUGCAACCCCGAUGGAGGACCCCGAUCUGUGCAGAGUGAACCGCCUACUCCCAAGUCGGAGAUGCUGACUUCAGAAGACGCCCAGCCGGGAAGCCCCUUGGCCACUGGGACGGACCAGGUCUCCCUGGACAAGCCACUGUCCUCAGCCGCCCACUUGGACGAUGCAGCCAAGAUGCCAUCUGCAUCCAGUGGUGAAGAAGCAGAUGCUGGCAGCCUCCUGCCCACCACCGAUGAGCUCUCCCAAGCCUUAGCUGGGUCUGACUCCCUGGACAGUCCUCCCAGACCUCUGGAGAGAUCUGUGGGCCAGCUCCCCAGCCCCCCACUGCUGCCCACUCCGCCACCCAAGGCAAGCUCCAAAACCACAAAAAAUGUCACAGGCCAAGCUGCACUUUUCCAAGCCUCUGGCAUGAAGAGUGCCGACCCUCCCCUCCGGGGCCAGCUCUCCACACCCACGGGGUCUCCGCAUCUCACCACGGUCCACCGGCCUCUUCCCCCAAGUCGCGUCAUUGAGGAGCUGCACAGGGCGCUGGCCACGAAGCACCGCCAGGACAGUUUUCAAGGAAGAGAAAGUAAAGGGUCUCCAAAGAAGCGGGUGGAUGUCCGUCUGUCGAGAACGUCCAGCGUGGAGCGGGGCAAGGAGAGGGAGGAGGCUUGGAGCUUUGACGGGGCCUUGGAGAACAAGCGAACUGCCGCUAAGGAAUCUGAGGAGAACAAGGAGAACCUGAUCAUGAAUUCUGAACUCAAGGACGACUUGCUUUUGUAUCAGGACGAGGAGGCGCUGAACGACUCCAUUAUUUCUGGAACACUGCCACGGAAAUGCAAGAAGGAGCUCCUGGCCGUGAAGCUAAGGAACCGGCCAAGCAAACAGGAACUGGAAGACCGGAACAUUUUCCCCCGAAGGACUGAUGAAGAAAGACAGGAGAUCCGGCAGCAGAUCGAGAUGAAGCUCUCCAAACGGCUGAGCCAAAGACCUGCCGUGGAAGAGCUGGAGAGAAGAAAUAUCUUGAAACAAAGGAAUGAUCAGACAGAGCAGGAAGAAAGAAGAGAAAUCAAGCAAAGAUUGACAAGAAAGCUUAAUCAGAGACCCACCGUUGAUGAAUUAAGAGACAGAAAAAUUCUGAUACGAUUCAGUGAUUACGUGGAAGUAGCAAAAGCGCAGGACUAUGACAGGAGGGCAGACAAACCCUGGACGAGACUGUCAGCAGCAGAUAAGGCAGCAAUUCGUAAAGAAUUAAAUGAGUACAAAAGUAAUGAAAUGGAGGUACAUGCAUCAAGCAAGCACUUGACAAGAUUCCACAGGCCAUAGAGAUUUUCUUCUGAGAAGAAUUUGUGUUUAAUUUUUUGAUACCAACACUGAACAUUCAUCAGGGAACUUUCCUGAAGUUCAGCUCAAGACUACCUGCUGUGUUUGUGAGAAAAGCAGGAUCACACACACAGGUGCAAUCUUGACCACACUUACCUGCAAGAGGAGUAACCAGAGGACACACUUCCUUCCUUCUUUGGUGUCUGAGGAGUGUGAACUGUUGGGGUCAGUUAAGACCCAACAUAACUCUAUCAGAAGAAAACUGUUGUUUGCCUUUCAACCUUGUUUUACAGUUCUGCAGUGUAAUGGAGGACGGGCAACGUGCAUGUGCAGGCUCACCACUCCCAGGCCUCUGACAUGAGGGACAUGUGACAAUGUCAUUCAGUAUUAUGUUUAAAAGACAUUUUUAUCCUGAUCAUUAUUAAUUUGAAAACUCUUUAAGUUCAUGUUAUACAAAAUGAUUUACUGUAUUAUACUUUUCCUUUUUUAUAUAAUGUCUAACAAAAAAUACAGCUGCAACAUUUUGAUUCCUGUUAAUUUUGUUCUUUAAUUAAAUGACUACUUAUUGCAGGAAAUUAA